GCACUUCCUGGUAUUUUGGGAGGCAAUUGCGCCUGUGUCAUUUCUUGCAAACAGGCGUUCAUAGAGCAAAAACGAAUACUGAUAUCAGUGAUAUUUCCGUUAAAUUGAUUAAGGGAAUCGUUCAUUUUUUAUUUAAGAUAAAGUAACUUACUGCAGUGUCAAAUGGGUUUACUCACCAUUUUAAAGAAAAUGAAGCACAAAGAACGAGAGAUGCGACUUUUGAUGCUAGGUCUUGACAAUGCAGGAAAAACAACCAUAUUAAAAAAAUUCAACGGGGAAGAUGUCAGCACUAUUUCCCCUACCCUUGGAUUUAAUAUAAAAACUCUUGAACACAGAGGGUUUAAACUCAACAUAUGGGACGUUGGUGGUCAGAAAUCCCUGCGCUCCUAUUGGAGAAACUAUUUUGAGAGCACAGAUGGGCUGGUGUGGGUCGUCGACAGCGCAGACAAACUGCGACUUGCGGACUGCAGACAGGAGCUCAGUGCACUCCUCCUGGAAGAGCGUUUGGCUGGGGCGACUCUGCUGGUGUUUGCCAACAAACAGGAUCUGCCUGGGGCGCUGUCCAAAGAUGAAAUACGAGAGGCUUUGGCUUUGGAGAAUAUUAAGACGCAUCACUGGUGCAUCAUUGGAUGCAGUGCUGUGACUGGUGAGAACCUGCUGAAUGGUGUAGAUUGGCUACUCAAUGACAUCGCAGCAAGAAUAUUUACUGCGGACUAAUUCAGUUGUACAGUUGACACCGACGUGAACUGAAAUGGAUAAAUGCUUGCAGCGUCUGCUGUGAAAUUCCAUGGAGAUGAAUGCCCUACAUCUUCAGCAGAUAUCCAGUGAUCUUUACUCAGUAAAACACACUGAGAUGUAAUUGGUGGGUUUACACUAAAGCAUGAUGUUCCUGAAAUAUACAAGUUUUGUAAUGACUGAUAUUCAAAGUUCCAGCUAGUACCAGAGACAGGAGAAUAUUUUUGGAUAUUUCACUUUACUGGUCAAAGGUAAAAGAGUCAAUGAUUAUUCUAGAACUGUGAUGACUGGGAUGAAAUCAACUCGCUUUCAUGCCGAAUCAUUUGGUCAAAGGCAUACAAAAGCUUUGUGUUACAUUAUUGUGUGGAUUUUAUGACACUUGUUGCAUGUAACAAGUCUUGAUUCCAACUGUAGAGACAUAAAUGUAUGUGCUGCUUUACAGCUGUGUAAAUUGUUAGCUCCAUAGUGAUUCGUUUAUUUAGGGAAUGAUUCAAUGCAUCGGAAAUCUUUAAUUUCUAUCACAAUGAGUUUCAUAACAUAAAUUCAAACCUUUUCACUAAAAAUAAUUUGCAAAUAUUGCCAUGGGAACUUGCACAUAUUAAUGGAAUAUAAAGACAAGAGGAUCACAGAACUUAAUUACUAAAACUGUCAAAAGCCCAACUACUGAACUGUACAGGAAAAAAGAAAUACCUCAAAGUAAGUGAUGCCUGGGGUGGAUUUGCCAAUUUGUGUCAUUAGCGCUGGUACUGAUAACUUUGAAUGUUGAUAAAAGUGAUAUCUGCCAAGACUAACACAUUGGUCAGUACCAAUACAUUAACCAAUAUGUC